GGGGAGCCUUAUACAUGGGGAGGUGGAGACCCUCAUACAUGGGGAGGUGGAGACCCUCAUACAUGGGGAGGUGGAGACCCUCAUACAUGGGGAGCCUCAUACAUGGGGAGGUGGGGACCCUCAUACAUGGGGAGGUGGAGACCCUCAUACAUGGGGAGGUGGAGACCCUCAUACAUGGGGAGGUGGAGACCCUCAUACACGGGGAGGUGGGGAGCCUUGUACAUGGGGAGGUGGAGACCCUCUUACACAGGGAGGUGGAGACCCUCAUACAUGGGGAGGUGGAGACCCUCCUACACGGGGAGGUGGGGACCCUCAUACAUGGGGAGGUGGAGACCCUCAUACAUGGGGAGGUGGGGACCCUCAUACAUGGGGAGGUGGAGACCCUCAUACAUGGGGAGGUGGAGACCCUCAUACACGGGAAGGUGGGGAACCUCAUACAUGGGGAGGUGGAGACCCUCAUACAUGGGGAGGUGGAGACCCUCAUACAUGGGGAGCCUCAUACAUGGGGAGGUGGGGACCCUCAUACAUGGGGACCCUCAUACAUGGGGAGGUGGAGACCCUCAUACACGGGGAGGUGGAGACCCUCAUACAUGGGGAGGUGGAGACCCUCAUACACGGGGAGGUGGAGACCCUCAUACACGGGGAGGUGGAGACCCUCAUAUAUGGGGAGGUGGAGACCCUCAUAUAUGGGGAGGUGGAGACCCUCAUAUAUGGGGAGGUGGAGACCCUCAUACAUGGGGAGCUGGGGACCCUCAUACAUGGGGAGCCUCAUACAUGGGGAGGUGGAGACCCUCAUACAUGGGGAGGUGGAGACCCUCAUACACGGGGAGGUGGAGACCCUCAUACACGGGGAGGUGGAGACCCUCAUACACGGGGAGGUGGGGACCCUACACAUAGAGAAUACCACCUGCCAGGACUUGACCUGACAAACCAAGGGAAUUGUGGGGGUCCUCUGGGGAGGAGGCGCUUGGCCCGGUACCUGGAUGACUUGUACUGACACUACUGCAGUAUUAUUCUAUAGAAAUACCAAUCGGACAAACCCGGGACACAACACUACCUACCCACUGCCCACGGGGCUUCACUCUUAGGUCAGCUCUUCAAUAUUAUGUUCAGCCAGAGACUCCGACUUUCUCCUUUC